UUUGGCUCGACAGAGUCAGAUAAGACUCGGUGUCCGGUGGAGCUCCUGCGCACUUAAGACUUUGUUCGCGGGACGCCUCCGCUGAAGAGGGUGGUGCGACCGAAGGUGCACCCUCCGUCACUAGUCGCCCGCGCGGGCUAGUGGCCGGAGACAGAUACAUUGAUGCUACGAUUAGCAGUGAAGAGGAAUCGUGCCGCGCCGCACGUGCGAUCCAAGAGUAUAGCGAGUGUGAGCUUGAGUGACCAUGACGUGGGCACCAACAACUUGCCUAGCUAUGUCAUUUGCGAUCCCAAAAAGAAGGGCCAUCCAAUUCGACAUGCCAGCCAAGGUUUCCAAGAACUCUUUGGUUACAGUGCAUCAGAAUGCAUAGGACUUCAGGUUCCAAGUUGCUUAGGGGCUCCGAUGGCGGAGCUGACGAAGAUUGGUCACAGCUGCGGACUCUCUGCAGAUGAGACCAGGCAGAGGAUCGAAAGGAUUCAAGAGGCAGCAGAGGAGGCUGCGCAAUGCGCAGCAGAAGGCACUAGCACUUCGUCGCCUUUGCUGCUGACAAAGAGGAAUGGUGAGGUGAUUGCAUGUGAGAUCUCCUGGUGCCAGAGCUCGCACCCUAAGUUGGGAUGGUCUUACCUUGCCUGUGCUUUCCGAGAGCUGGGCGAUGCUUCCGUGGUGCCGCGACUCUUGGUCGCCGGCCACGUGGGCGCCAUGUAUGAAGAGCUUUGUUCUGACAUGUCGGACGGCCUGCCGACGACGUCCGCGGCGGAACAGCUUCGGGCCUCGUCCGAGGAUUUGCACGCAGCUGCAGAGCAGAUGUGGAAGGAUGAACUUGCCAAGGGCAUCAAACCCAAGUCCUCGUCGAAAACAAGGUCCGAAGAAACCAGCUCCAUUUGGAGUCGCAGCACCGCCUCGACGACCACCUCGUCCAGAGACUCGAAGGAACCCAAAGCAAAAGCUGAUGCCUGUGCUCAUCAUUUCGGUGCAUUGUUGGGUAUUUUGCCAGAGAAAGAUGGAGCCCCUGCGGCGCCUACGUUGGAGACGAAGGGCAUGCCGGAGACCGCUCAAACUCCCCUGAUUCGGGAGGAUUUGGACUUUGAGUCCGUUUGUGGAGAUGACUCAUGGGAGGA